AUGCAGCUCGUUCGAAAAAACGUCAUUUCCAGGUGGUGGUGUGCGGCGAUUGUGCUGGUGUGCGUUUCCGUCGUCAUCAGGGCGGAAAAUCAUUGCAGCGAACAUCGGUACGAGCAUUCGCUCAACACCCACCACCUGCAGUUUACGAAGGAAAUCCCCGACCGGGAGUACGGCGUGCUGAAGCAGUUCAAGAGCUUGCACUGUUGCGGCAAAGGCUACCGGAGCAUCGAAUGGUUUAAAAACAAUAAACCACACCCGUGGAGCAAGGAUGUUUCGUCGUUCAUCGUGUACCCGGAAGCGGCCAACCAAACGAUCUACAGCCGCGGCCUAGAGGAGAACGACAUUGGGAACUACAGCUGCAUCCUGCGUAACGAAACGCACGCCAUCAAGCACGAGAUUGAAUUGCGACUGCCAGACAACAAGCUAGACGAUCCGAUGCCAACCUUCCGGCCGAGGGACCUCAUGGUGGGUGUGGGCGAGAGUGUACGAUUUUAUUGCGAAGCGUUCGUCGGUAACCUGUACCUGCCGGAUGCGGAAAACCAAAUCGUGUGGAACCAGAUGUUUGACGACCUGCCGCAUAACGUCAGUGACAGCCUGCAAGUAAACGUGACCAGAGAGGACAAUCAAAUAAUCGGAUCCUACCUGUCGAUACCGAACAUCCAGGCACACCACUACGGGCGAUACCGGUGCCAGAUCGUGUCGGGUAAUUCAGCCCAGAAGCUCAAUCUGAGCGUCCUGCUAUCACCGGUCGAGGUGACGGCCAUAACCGACCGACAGCUGUCCGUGUUGGUUUACAUCAUGGCAACGCUGUUACUGGUGCUGGUGCUACUGUUCGCGUGGAUCUGCCGGACCGUGCAGCAGCGCACGAGCAGCAAAAAGGACAACCGCUGUUCGGCCCAAUUUAUCGCCACCACCGAACACGAGAGUGUGUAA